UUUCAAGUCAUUGCAAACAGAGAAACAAAAGAGAGAAUGUUUGGGAUUGGGAAAAACCUUAUAGGGGAUGCCCUUAAAACCACUGGUGACGUUCUUAGAACUACCGGGGACGUUGCUGGGUCGGUCGUAAAUGCUGGAGGGAACAUCGUUGACCGAGCCACCGACAUCGGUCGGAUCGGGAAGAAGAAGAUUAAAGGGAAGGUGAUUUUGAUGAGAAGCAAUGUUUUGGACUUCACUGAGCUUCACUCCAGUGUUCUUGAUGGGGUCACUGAGCUGUUGGGCAGUGGAAUUGUGCUGGAACUCGUGAGUGCAACUCAUGUUGAUCGCCAUUCUAACGAUCCACGAGGGAAAGUUGGGCGGCGUGCUUAUUUGGAGAGGUGGCUGACCUCACUGCCGCCGUUGUUUGCCGGAGAGUCGGUGUUCCAAAUCAACUUUGAAUGGGAUGAAGAGUUUGGAUAUCCAGGAGCUUUCUAUAUAAGAAAUGGACAUACAAGUGAGUUCUUUCUUAAGUCACUCACUCUCGAGGAUGUUCCCGGCCAUGGAAAAGUCCAUUUCGAUUGCAACUCAUGGGUUUACCCUCAACGACGAUACAACAAAGAUCGUAUUUUCUUUGCUAAUAAGACAUAUCUUCCGAGCGAGACACCAGCCCCACUUCGCAAGUAUCGAGAGGAAGAAUUGAUCAAUCUUAGAGGAGAUGGAAAGGGAGAGCGGAAAGAAUGGGAUAGAAUUUAUGACUACGAAGUCUACAAUGACAUAGCUGAUCCUGAUGGUGGAAACAGUCUUGUUCGUCUUAUUCUGGGAGGGAACAAAUAUCCUUAUCCUCGUAGAGGAAGAACGGGAAGGCCACGUACUAGAAGAGAUCCCAAUUAUGAGAGCCGAUUGCAAUCAGUGGUAGGGUUAAAUAUUUAUGUGCCAAGAGAUGAAAACUUUGGACACUUAAAGAUGGCAGAUUUUCUUGCGUAUUCAUUGAAGGCACUUUCUUCAAACAUCAAACCAGGGCUUGAAACUAUAGCUGAUCGAACUCCGGGAGAAAUUGACAACUUCAAACAAGUACAUAAUCUCUAUGAUGGAGGAUUUCCCAUUCCAUUUAAUGUCUUUAGAGAUCUCACUAAUGGACUCACACCGCCCAUGUUCAAAGAACUUUUAAGGACGGAUGGUGAAAGAUUUCUUAGAUAUCCAGUUCCUCAUAUUAUCAAAGAUGAUAAAUCUGCAUGGAGAACUGAUGAAGAAUUUGCAAGAGAAAUGUUAGCAGGAGUCAACCCUAUAUGCAUUAGUCGUCUUCAACAAUUUCCACCGUUGAGCAAGCUUGACCCUUCUGUUUAUGGAAAUCAAGAUAGCACAAUUUCGGAAGAAAACAUAAAGUAUGGUCUUAAUGGACUCAGCGUCAAUGAGGCAAUCGAGCAAAAUAAGCUUUACAUAUUGGAUCACCACGAUGCGUUGAUGCCAUAUCUAAGAAAGAUAAAUUCAACAUCUACAAAGACUUAUGCCACAAGAACACUCUUGUUGUUACAAGAUGACGGGACUUUGAAGCCAUUGGUUAUUGAGUUGAGCUUGCCACACCCUCAAGGAGAUAGACAUGGUGCCAUUAGCAAGCUGUACUAUCCAGCUGAAGGAGGAGUUGAAAGCUCAAUUUGGCAAUUGGCCAAAGCUUAUGUAGCGGUAAACGACGUUGGGUACCAUCAGCUUAUUUCUCAUUGGUUGCACACGCAUGCAGUAGUCGAGCCAUUUGUGAUCGCAACACACCGACAAUUAAGUGUGCUUCAUCCGAUACAUAAGUUACUAAUUCCACAUUAUAAAGACACCAUGUUUAUAAAUGCAUUUGCAAGGCAAGUUCUUGUGAAUGCUGGUGGGCUUCUUGAAGAGACCCAUUUCCAAUCAAAAUAUGCCAUGGAGCUAUCUUCUUAUAUAUAUAAAGAUUGGAAUUUCCUUGAACAAGCAUUGCCCAUGAAUCUUAUCAAGAGAGGUGUAGCGGUUGAGGAUGCAAGUUCCCCACAUGGACUUCGGUUACUAAUAGAGGACUAUCCAUUUGCUGUUGAUGGGCUUGAGAUUUGGUCGACAAUCCAAAAAUGGGUCACAAACUAUUGCUCUCUAUACUACAAAGAUGAUGAGGCAAUUCAAAACGAUGUUGAACUCCAAUCAUGGUGGAAGGAAGUAAGAGAAAAAGGUCACGCAGACAAGAAAAAUGAGCCCUGGUGGCCAAAAAUGAACACCAUAUCCGAGCUAGUUGAAUCAUGCACCAUCAUCAUAUGGAUUGCUUCGGCGCUUCAUGCAGCCGUCAACUUUGGACAAUAUCCAUAUGGAGGGUUUGUUCCCAAUAGACCAACUAUAAGUCGUAGAUUGAUGCCUGAAGUAGGCAGCUCUGAGUAUAAAGAACUUGAGGCGAACCCUGAAAAGGCAUACUUGAGGACAAUCAAUUCUCAAAUACAAUUUCUUCUUGGAAUGUCACUAAUUGAAAUUUUAUCAAGGCAUGCUUCGGACGAGGUGUAUCUUGGACAACGAGCUAGCAUUGAGUGGACAUCGGAUAAACAUGCAUUAGAAGCUUUUGAGAAGUUUGGAAAAGAGGUAUAUCAAGUUGAAGAAAGGAUUAUGGAAAGGAAUCGAGAUAUCAACUUGAAGAAUCGAACUGGGCCAGCUAAUUUUCCCUAUACCUUACUCGUUCCAUCGAGUAGUGAAGGACUCACUGCAAGGGGAAUUCCCAAUAGCAUCUCCAUUUGAAGCAAUGAAUUAUGUUUUGUAAGCUCCAAGUAUGUGGUGUGAAAUUUGAAUUUGCGUGUGUAUUAAGUUUGAAGUAUGGCUACGUUUUGAGCUACUCACUAUUAUUAAGAAUAAAAGAGUAUGCUUAAGGUAGAUUUAUUGAAUUUUAUGUAUGGGCUUGCCUAUGUGUGUAUUAAGGAAUAAAAAGUUGUGUUUGAGAAUGAUAAA